UGCGUUUAAGGAAACCACCAUCCAUAAAACAAAAGAUACAUAUUAAAAUUAAUUAAGUAUUUAAUAGUUUUAUAAAAAACUAGUUAUGUAUUUGUGAAGUUGACAAAAGUUGAAAUUUGCGGUAGAAGAUUUCAGUUUGUGACUGUGUGUUAACUCCAUUAUUUAAAUUGGGGACAAAACUUUUUUAACAAGAACACACCACCAAGUGAAGUAAAUUUACUAAGAUGGUAGACCAACUGGAGGAUUCGGUUAUUGAAACCAAUUACGAUGAAGUUAUCGAUACUUUCGAUGACAUGAGCUUGAAGCCCGAGCUUCUCCGUGGUAUCUAUGCCUAUGGUUUUGAGCGUCCCUCUGCUAUUCAACAGAGAGCCAUCAUGCCCAUUUUGGGUGAGCGUGAUGUCCUCGCUCAAGCUCAAUCCGGUACUGGUAAGACUGCCACCUUCUCCAUCUCUGUCUUGCAAAAGAUCGACACCAGCUUGAAACAAUGCCAAGCCCUUAUUCUUGCUCCUACUCGUGAGCUUGCUCAACAAAUUCAAAAGGUUGUUGUUGCUUUGGGUGACUUGAUGAACGUUGAGUGCCACGCCUGUAUUGGUGGUACCCUUGUUCGUGAUGAUAUGGCCGCUUUGCAAGCUGGUGUUCACGUCGUUGUUGGUACUCCUGGUCGUGUUCAUGACAUGAUCCAACGUCGUGCUCUCCCCACUGACGCUGUUCAAAUGUUCGUCCUUGACGAAGCUGAUGAAAUGUUGUCUCGUGGUUUCAAGGAUCAAAUCUAUGACAUCUUCCAACUUUUGCCUCCCAGUGCUCAAGUUGUCUUGCUCUCAGCUACCAUGCCUCAAGAUGUUUUGGAGGUCACCACCAAAUUCAUGCGUGACCCCAUUCGUAUUCUUGUCAAGAAGGAUGAGCUUACCUUGGAAGGUAUCAAACAGUUCUACGUCGCAGUUGAGAAGGAAGAGUGGAAGCUCGAUACUCUUUGCGAUCUUUAUGAAACUGUUACUGUUACUCAAGCUGUCAUUUUCUGCAACACCCGUAGAAAGGUCGACUGGCUUACUGAGCAACUCACUGAGCGUGACUUCACUGUCUCCUCUAUGCACGGUGAUAUGGACCAAUCUCAACGUGACACUUUGAUGCACGAAUUCCGUACUGGUUCUUCCCGUAUUCUUAUCACCACUGACUUGCUUGCUCGUGGUAUCGAUGUCCAACAAGUCUCUUUGGUCAUUAACUACGAUCUUCCUGCCAACCGUGAAAACUACAUUCACCGUAUUGGUCGUGGUGGUCGUUUCGGUCGUAAGGGUGUUUCUAUCAACUUUGUCACCAGCGAAGAUGUUCGUAUGAUGCGCGAAAUUGAGCAAUUCUACAACACCCAAAUUGAAGAGAUGCCCAUGAACAUUGCUGAUUUAAUCUAAAAAUGUUUAAAAAGUUUCCGUGCACUAGAUGUCAUCGAUUUUCUUCGUCUGCUUCCUAUUCUUACGACUCGAUAGGUUGGAAACACCGUUAUUAAUUUUUCUCUUUUUCUUUGCCUUACGUUCUUAAUACUUCUUUUAUUUGUGUGCGCUUGGGAAUAUCACGGUCUUGAUCCCCAAGGGCGAGUUGUAGUGUCUUUUGCUUAGAAGAUUGUUUGAUUUUUCUAGCACACUGGAUUUCUGCUUAUGUUGCACAAUAAAAGGCUGGAUUGGUUGAUUAUAAAUUUUUUUGUUUGGAUCUUCGUGGUCUUCAUUGUAGAAUGGUUCUGUAGGAUUUGAUAAAGGAUUGUAUAUGGUUGAAAAUCUAAAAAAAGAGAAAAAUCUUAGGGAAUCUCGCGUUGUGGAUAGACAGUAUAAAGAUAAUAAUUCAACGAUGUAUGAAGAGUGUAUCAUUGAACGCAAGAUUCAAUUGUAUUUGUUUCUCUUUACUGAAGCGGUAGUGUAUAGUUUUAGCAACGCGAAGCCUGAAUAAAUUUUUGCGGAUCGUGGUUUGUUUCAUCGUCUUCGAAACGAGCUUUCACUUUUUGCUUUUCUA